AUGUCGCCGGUGUUCUGCGAGACGAUGAAGAACAUCGACGGGAUGAUGAAGCGGGCGUACAACGCGAGCGGCGUGGUGAUCAUGCCGGGAAGCGGGACGUACGGGAUGGAGGCGGUCGCGCGACAGUGGUGCAGCGGGAAAAAGGCGCUCGUGAUUCGUAAUGGGUACUUUAGCUAUCGAUGGACGGAUAUUUUUGAGCAAACGCAAAUCCCGAGCGAGACGAUCGUGAUGCGAGGACGCGCGGUGGACGACGAAAAGACGCCGGCGUUCGCGCCACCGCCCUUGGCGGAGGUCGUGGAGAUGAUCAACAAGGAAAAACCCGCGGUGGUGUUCGCGCCGCACGUGGAGACGUCGACUGGGAUCAUUCUGCCGGAUUCGUACAUCAAGGCUGUGGCCGACGCCGUGCACGCGCACGGGGGGCUGUUCGUGCUCGAUUCCAUCGCGAGCGGCACGAUUUGGGUGGACAUGAAGGCGACCGGCGUGGACGCCAUCUUGAGCGCGCCGCAAAAGGGCUGGACUGGUCCGGCGUGCGCGAGCGUGAUCAUGCUCGGCGAACGCGGCGUGCACGCGACGCGCAACUCGCAAUCCACCUCCAUGGUCAUCAACAUGCGCAAGUGGCUCGAAGUCAUGGAUGCCUACUUGGCGGGCGGGUUCGCGUACUACACCACCAUGCCCACCGACGCGUUGACUUUGUUCGAACGCGCGGCGAUGGCGACCGAAAAGGUUGGUUUCGACAAGGUCAAGCAAAUGGCAUGGGAUCUCGGCACUGAGUGCCGCAAGAUGAUGGCGAGCAAGGGAUUGAAAUCCGUCGCCGCCAAGGGGUUCGAGGCGCCGGGCGUCGUCGUGUCGUACACGGAUGACGCCACCAUGUUCGCCAAGUUCAAGUCUAAGGGUUUCCAAAUCGCCGCGGGCGUUCCGUUCAUGAUCAACGAACCCGCCGGCAACAACACUUUCCGCAUCGGUUUGUUCGGCUUGGACAAAAUCAUGAACAAGGACAACUGCAUCAACACCCUCGAGCCGACGUUGGAUGAAAUUUUACGCGAAAACGCCGAAGCGGCCGGCGCCGAAGCCGCCUCUUAA